CCAACUGUGUUGGCAUUGUCGUCUCCUAGGCCUAAAACGCCACGAGGCCAUCGGAACCCGCUCUCUCGGAGUGUCCCGACACAGAACUACCUCUUAGGCCAUUUGAGAGAGGGUUCAUUCGCGUGCAGUUCAGUGAUUAGUAAACGUCAGGCUCGGCUGAACAGUUCAUCAAGUCGAGACCACAGUUUACCGUUGCGUGAUGCUCUGAGCUGCAUGAUAAUUGAAACUGUCUUUUCCGCCUGCCUUUCGGCGUGUCCACGGCCACUGGCUGAUAAAUGUGAAGCUACAGCCCUUAAAAUAUCUCUCCCGCUGCAUGAGGUGGGGCGGCCAAUCAAAUCGGCGUUUUGUUGGUACGUGAAGGAGUGA